AUGGCACAUAAGUCUAUGGCCGCGUUGCUGGCGGUGCUGCUUCUGCUCCAUGUCGGGGGAAGCCUUGCCGUCACUGUUGCUCAGAGAGAGACCAACGCGCUGUUAUCGCUGAAGUUGACGCUCAAGGGCGAUACCGUUCUGAAGAAUUGGAUUUUCGGCAAAGCUGCGUGCACCAAUGCGUUCACGGGCGUCACCUGCAAGAACGGCGUCGUCACAAGCCUGUCACUGCCCAAGAAGGGUCUGGCCGGCAGCAUCGGUACGGUUGUGGGCUACCUCAACAAUCUGCGGUCACUGGACCUCUCCGGGAAUGCCAUCGCCGGUGCGAUUCCCGACGAAGUGGCGUUCUGCACCGCGCUCACGUCCAUCAAUCUCGCCAACAACAAGUUAUCGGGCGCUAUUCCCGAAAAGAUCGGCAACCUCCUGUACCUCAACUCCUUGGCGUUGAGCGGCAACGCGCUCAGGGGUGAAGUGCCGGUGAACCUGUUCAGCGCCAAGAGGCUCGGUGUGCUCCUCCUCAACAACAACCAGCUCUCUGGCCGCAUCUCCGAACUCACCGGCGAUGCCACCAAGUCGCUCAUUAACGUUGACCUGUCCAACAAUAAGAUCUCCGGCCCCCUGCCGCCGCUGCUUGUGCGCUCAGCCGGCCUCAAGAGUCUGAACCUUGCCAACAACGAUUUCACUGGCGGCUUGCCUGCUGGAUGGUUGGGCAUGAAUAACCUGAAGGCCUUGAACGUGGCUGGCAACGCUUUAACUGGACCCAUCCUUCCUGGCAUCGCCAACCUCAAAUCUCUCGCUACUGUUAACUUCGCCUUCAACAAGUUCUCAGGCACAGUCGGGAAAGCGUUCAAGAAGUUUAAGACUGGGUUCAAAGGCAACGCCCAGCUCUGCAUUGACUUCAAUGGCGAUGAUUCUAGCUUUUGUGCCCCUCUGUUCAAAUUCCAGCUCGGGGAGGCUAUCAGCGUGGUGGAUCCCGAGACGGAUGUGCUGACGCUGAAUCUUCUCAAGAACUCGUUCCAGUCGAGCGUCGGAGCGCUGAGCUCGUGGAAGGGCCCGCACCCCUGUGCCCCCGGCGCCGACAGGUGGAGGGGCAUCGGCUGCUUCAAGGAUCUGGAGAAACGCAGCUACUAUGUCGCCAAUAUAGACCUGAAGGGGUUGGGGCUGCGAGGGGUCAUUCCCGAAGAGAUAGGCAACUUCAAGUCCCUCCGCCGCCUCGACCUAUCGAACAACAGCUUGGCGGGAGCGCUGCCGUCGGGAAUGGCCAAGCUCAUCAGCCUCAAAACGCUCAUUCUGAACAACAACCAGUUCACGGGCAGCAUCAAGGGCAUCAUCGGCAUGCCCAACCUCCAGAUCCUGUCCGUGCGGAACAACAAUCUGUUUGGGCGGCUGCGCAAUCUGCUGACCACGAUGAACAUGCUGGAGCACGUGGACCUCAGCUACAAUGAUUUCCGCGGCAAGCUGCCGCGCAAAGUCAGCCUCAAGCACCUCAAAACCUUUGCCGUGUCACACAACAAUCUCACCGGCAACCUCCCAUACGGCUUGCACUCCUCCAAACUCCUGGAGACGCUCGAUAUGAGCUUCAACCAGUUCGUGGGCGUGAUUCCGCCCAUCUGGGGCUCGCUCACCAACCUCAAGAAGCUUUUCCUGAACGACAACUUGCUCAACGGCUCGCUGCCAGUGGGGAUUGCAAGCUGCGUCAGUCUGCAAACACUCGAGCUACAGAACAACGCGCUGGGAGGCCCCAUCCCGCCCAAGUUCGCGCUGAUGCCGAACCUCAAGGAGCUCUACAUCUAUAACAACAACUUCUCCGGCAUGCUCUCGGGGACCUACAAGGCGCACAAGAUCCAGCUCUUCGCUGACGGCAACCCAUACCUGUGCGCUGAUUACGACAACAACGGCAAGUGCGACUCGGGCAAAAACCCCGGGCUGCCCUCCAACCCCAACCUCUCUCCCCCCGUCGAGCCCGCCCAGCCCCCGCCGUCUGAGGGGCCGGUCGAGGGGACCCCGCCUGCGGGAGAAGCAGGAGGGGCAGGGGGCGAGGAGACAGCAGCAGCGGCGCAGGUGGUGUGUUCUGCGGGGCAGACAGAGAGCUGCACGUGCGCGGAGGGGCAGACUGGCGAGAAGAAGUGCCUGGACGACGGCACUGGCUAUGGGGAGUGCGUCUGCGCUGCUCCGCCCCCGCCGCCAGCAUCAGGGGGGUCAUCCUCCUGGAAGUGGCUGAUAGCGCUGCUGGUGCUGAUCCUCAUCGCACUCCUCGCCGUGGCGGGCUACUGGGGCGUCAAGUCGGGCUUCAUUGGCAAGAGCAAGGGCGCGGGCUGGGAGUACGUGGGGCGCGUCAAGGCGUUCCCCGACAUGAAGGCGUACCGCUCGCACGCGUACGAUCCGGAUGAUCUGGACGGUUACGGCGUGCCCGCGUUUGACUCCUUGCCCAAGCACCCCAGCGACGGCUCGGCCGCCAAGACAGGCUCAGCAAAGCUGACCCUGACGCGCUUCUCUCUCGACGAGCUACAGCUAGCGACCAACAACUUCAACGUGGAGAACGUCAUCAGCACGGACGGCGUGUGCCGCACGCUCAGCGGCGUGCUGCCCUCGGGGCUGUACGUCGCAGUCAAGGAGCUCGACCCGCUCGCGCACGAGUCCCCCGAUUCCUUUGUCGCGGCGGCGGAGAUGUUCAGUGGGGUGCGGUGCCCGCAGCUGGUGGAGGUGCUGGGCGUGUGCGCGGAUAGGAACAGCGGGGGGCGGCGCCAUCACCUGCUCAUCUAUGAGCUUGUGCCCAAUGGCAGCCUUGACAUGCACCUCCAUGACCUGGAACCCGGCACGCUGCCCCUGGACUGGACGACGCGCAUGUGCAUCUGUCUGGACGUGGCCAAGGGGCUGGCGUACCUGCACUCGCUGCACCCGCAGCUGAUGCACCAGGGGCUGCAGGCCACGUGCGUGGUGCUGGACGACCACUUCCACGCCAAGCUCGCCGACUACUGCCUGCCCACGCUCGCUGCUAACAGCUCCGGGGGCUCCGCUGCUGCGCGCACCUCUGCUCUCACCCACUCCGUUAACAUGGCGGUGGCAGCGGGCACGGCGGCACCGGAGCUGGCAUGGGCGUCGGAGAUGACUCCGCGUGUGGACGUGUAUGCCUUCGGUGUGCUGCUGCUGGAACUCAUCACCGGCCGCCGCCCUGUUGACAACGCGCGCCCGCCCAACGAGCAGAGCCUUGUGCACUGGGCCAAGUCGCGGUUGUCGCAGCGGUCGCUGGUGGAGGCGAUGGUGGAUGAGAAGCUGCACGGCUCCAUCUCCACUGCUGCCCUAUACCAGGUGGCGAUGCUGGCAUCGCAGUGCAUCCACUCGGACCCUGAGGCCCGUCCCACCAUGGCACAGGCGGUGGAGAUGCUGGUCAAGGUGCAGAACCUGCCACUCGACUCCACCUCCACCCGCCAGACCGCGGCGUAUCACAAGGGCCCUGCCACGUACAACAAGAACGUGUGA